AUGGCGGCUGGGCGGUUCGUGGCGCUGCUGGGCGCGCUGCUCUUGGCCGGCCGCGUCGCGCGGGCGCUCUACUUCCACAUCGGGGAGACGGAGAAGCGCUGCUUCAUCGAGGAGAUCCCGGACGAGACCAUGGUCAUCGGCAACUACAGGACGCAGCUGUGGGACAAGCAGGCCGAGGCCUUCCUGCCCUCCACGCCGGGGCUGGGCAUGUUCGUGGAGGUCCGGGACCCGGACGCCAAGGUGAUCCUCUCGCGGCAGUACGGCUCGGAGGGCCGCUUCACCUUCACCUCGCACACGCCCGGCGAGCACCAGAUCUGCCUGCACUCCAACUCCACCCGCCUGGCGCUCUUCGCCGGGGGGAAGCUGCGGGUGCACCUGGACAUCCAGGUGGGGGAGCACGCCAAUAACUACCCGGAGAUCGCCGCCAAGGACAAGCUGACGGAACUGCAGCUGCGAGCCAGGCAGCUGCUGGACCAGGUGGAGCAGAUCCAGAAGGAGCAGAACUACCAAAGGUUCCGAGAGGAGAGGUUCCGCAUGACAAGCGAGAGCACCAACCAGCGGGUGCUGUGGUGGUCCAUUGCACAGACAGUCAUCCUUAUCCUUACAGGGAUUUGGCAAAUGAGGCACCUCAAGAGUUUCUUUGAAGCCAAAAAAUUGGUUUAAUGUCUUCAGCAUCACAUAGGUCAUUUAUUCACCAAUGCCCCGUUGUUGUUUUCCAUUGAAGAAAUCUUGAUUUUAAUUUAAGUACUAAACUGAGAAAGAAGCACAGCAGAAAAUGCCCCUGCCCAAUUAUAUAAAUCCACGAAAACAUCUCAAACGUAAUCAUAUUUUUGUGCUUUGAAGCACGUGAAGCUAGCGGUGAGUAAGGAUAGCUUGCCUCGAUUGUCAAGCUUUCCUGGAACAUUCCAAGAAGCUGCUUUACAGAAGACUGAAAGGAUUCCCUCCAUUACAUUUGUAAUAGCUGCAGUUUGCCUAAAAGCUUCUCUUCUAAAGGCCCCUAUAACUCUAGAACUAUUCAACAGAAUGCAAUCAGAGGAUAAAUAGAUUUACAUCAGAACUGUGUAGCGCGCCUUUCUUGUUCAAAAAUUGUUCAAAAUAUUGUUUAGCAUUUCAGUGGUUGUCAGACAUCCAGGGGAUCGAAGGAUUUCUUGCAGUGUUUUCAAUUCUUUGUAGUUCUGUGUUUUCUAAGCACAGAAUUGUCUUGGCUGGAGAGUCAAUGCAAAUGAGGGAGUAGUAGAAGUUGCCUCCAGGUUUGUUGUAAAUGUUGAAUAAAGAAGCCCCUGAAAUUUGUAAAUAGUUUGACUUAGAGUUGCUAUCAGAUGGAGAUAUUCCUUGAAGAGCAUAGAAAGGGAUUUCUCCAUCAGGUGGUGUUAUCUCUUUUUACCAGCCUUUCUGUAAUUUGGAAAUAGAACCUGUAAAUAAUCCAGCUACAGAACAACACUGUUGCAGUUUGGCAGCAGAAUUGGACCUCUGAAGUAGCGGGACUGAAAAUGGGCAUUUUUCCCUUCUCUGUUUGCAUGGGCAAAUUUGUCUUGAGGCCCGUUUGUUACAGUUUUGGAUUGAAAUAAAGCUUUUUUGAAAGAGG